AUGUUUGUUUUGGACGGUAUCUAUCAUCUGUACUACCAGUAUAACCCUACAGCCAACAUAGCAGGCGAACAGCACUGGGGCCACGCCACUAGCAAGGAUUUGUUCACCUGGACCAACCAGCAGAUUGCCCUCUUCCCUGGUUCGGAAGAUGAGGGCAUCUUCUCAGGAUCUGCUGUGGUCGAUAACAACAAUACCUCUGGCAUGUUUGGAAAUCAAAAAAAUGGAGUGGUUGCAAUCUAUACCGUCAACACCCUUCAAAGGCAGACCCAAGACAUCGCCUUCUCUUACGACGGAGGAUACACUUUCGAAAAGUACGAAAACAACCCUGUGCUGGAGCCAGGUGGCACCAACCCCACCCAAUUCAGAGAUCCCAAGGUCUUUUGGUAUGAGCCGACCAACAGUUGGGUGAUGGUGGCGGCUUAUCCUGUCGACUUCGAAAUUGGCAUCUUCUCGAGCCCCAAUUUGAUCGACUGGACACCGACGAGCAACGUCUCGAGAAUUGGUCUGUCCGGCCUUCAGUACGAAUGUCCGAACAUGGUCGAAAUCCGCAUCGACAAUGCCACUGAUGGUCAGCCGGAAUCUCGUUGGGCUAUGAUAAUCUCAAUCAAUCCUGGCGCACCUCUCGGUGGCUCUAUCACACAGUACCUCCUUGGUGAUUUCAACGGAACUCAUUUCGUGCCCGAUGACGCACUUACUAGGCUGACUGAUUUCGGCAAGGAUAAUUACGCAGGCCAGUUCUUCUAUGGUAUUCCGGCGGAUCAGGACCAAAUCAGCAUAGCCUGGGCGAGCAACUGGCAGUAUUCCGGCGUAGUACCGACUGCGGGCGAAGAACUUGGCGAUGGCUUCCGAAGUGCCAUGUCUGUUGCUCGCGGUCAUUACCUGAAGAAUCUGCCUAGGCAAGGUUUGACCAUGGUACAAUAUCCGAUUGGUAUCAAGAGCAUCAUCGAAUCCGAGCUUGCAUCUAAUGGCUCGCUUGGUAAUGGCAGCGUCCUUAUCGACUACUCGCAGGUCGAAUCUGGAGCCUUGUACUUUGAAGCUAAUAUCACCGGUCUCUCCGGUAGCGACUCGCUCGACGGCACCUUGAACUUCACUCUCCUCUCUUCCGUGUCAGGCGAGUCAGUUUCGGGUGGUAUGAUCCUGCCUGGUGAUUCGGUUGUCUGGCUUGAUCGUGGCAAGACAAAUGGCUUCGAUCACCCCCUGUUCACGGAUAAGUUCUCGUACGGAGCGUUGUACGACCCCAACGGGGAUGGCGCUUUCCGCCUGUCUGGCAUUGUCGACAGGUCCAUCAUUGAGCUCUUCUUUAACGGAGGUGAGGCCGCCGCAACAAGCCUCUUCUUUCCAACGAGCCCGCUAGAUACUAUGAUCCUAAGAACAGCUGGCCUAAAUGAGACAGUGACUGCUAGCGUCGCAGUUUGGUCUCUGAAGGCUACAUGGCUUAACCAAGCCGAUUGGAAUGGCACAGUGCUGGGAAAUGUUACGACCAACACAAACUCCACUGCAUCGCGGAGGUCUACGAAGCUCUUCUAG